UAUCACUCUUUAUUGCAGACUCUAUAACUGUCCCACUCAAGUUUCAGUCUGGCGGAAAAGCAGACACACAUGUGGCUGAGCAUACUCUGGGGAAAAAACCUCACAGGAAAUGGGGGGAAGUCCGAGCUGAAGCCUUGUAAAGAGAACAGUUUUGAAGGCAGUUUUGUUGGAGAAGCUGUGGCUGUCAGUGGAUACAGGCAGUUUUCUUGGAGGUACCCUGGUACUGUUACUUCAUCCUUGGGACGGGGUCUGAGCAUGCCUUUUGUCAGCCAUCUCAGUUGAGAGCUCAUCUGUACUGUGGUUAGGGGAGGUUAGUGCUGGGCCUAAGGACAAUGGAGGGAACAAGCUGGAAGCCAGCCAGCCUGUGAAACCAGUGCUUAGACAAGGAAAACAGGGCCGUGAUUCUGUGUGAGUGCAUGUACUGGACCUGCAUCCCAUACUUACUGCUCAGCUUGAUUGAUUUCUACCUUUCUGCCAGGAGGCUGGGGCCUCUGUCCCAUCAGGCUACUACAGCGGCAGUGUGCGGGACGGGUCAGUUGUGUGCUUGCUCACCAGUAUACCUCUACAAGCUCUGGUUGACUUCUCAACUGAACUGCUCUUGUUCAUUCCACAACUGAUUAACUAUCCAUGGUAUAAAACAACCAGACCAUGGCCCAUCACGGCAGUAAACCCGGGGGGUCGAUCAGCGAGGAGUCCGCCGCAAACGAGGGCAUCUACUCCCCUCCCUCCAACUACUCAACUUACUCUGGAGAGGUGAAGUACAUUUUCGACCCCAGUUACCAGAGUGAAGAGGAGUAUUCUCAAAUUGCGACCAUUCGCCGUCGACUUAGCAGUUGGCAGCAGGCGGCCAGCAGUGGGACCAGAUCGGUGGAUUACCCACCAUCCAAACAAUACGACCCAACGAACAGACAGUCGCACAGACCAACGACAGCUAACUACUGCAACACCCAGGACGUCAGCACGCCCACCACUGGGUGCCCCCGUCGUCGAACCUGGUCCCCACCCCCUUUCGGCAGUAAAAUGGGUAUCGGGGGCAGCAUACAGGCCAUGAGGAGUUACCACAGUAACGACCAAUUAGAUGCAGAAUCUCAUCAUGCUCAUAUUUACGAGGACUUAGAAUCAGGGCCACCAAGAAUUGCCCCUAUCAGUGGCAUGUUGAGCAAGACACCAGGCAAAGGCAUCGUCCGGCCAAUUGCCUUCAAACCAGUCAUCCCGUCCCGAUACAUGAGCACACCUAACAGCCACCUGGUGGACAGAAAUCUCAAGACGUUACAUGGCUCUGGCAGUGCAGACGAUGGCUAUGGAUCCCAGGAUUACCAUGCCCUCAGCAACCCGUCCAACCUCUCCCAGAGUUCCAUUCAUGUGGACAGCGACCGCUCGCUGAGUUUCUCCAGUGAUGGUAAUGGUAACUCGUCCAAACACGCUGAACGGCCAGAGUCAUUUGUGUCCCUGACGAACCUGAGUCACUUGUCAUCUGGUCACAUGGAGGGGUACGUCCAGACGCCCUCCCCUAGCGAUAGUGGGGUGGGGGAGCUGGAGGCCAUAUUAAGAGAGAGGGAUGCCGAGAUUAAUGCUCUAAGAAAUGUCAUGGACAAAAAUGAGCGCGCCAUCUUCCAGGUGUACGAGGAGAAGAAAAUGGCCUGGCAGAUGGAAAUGAGGGAGCUCAAAGAGGACUGCGAUCGUCAUUUAAAGCUACAGCAACGACGUGCAUUCAAAGCUGAACAGCUGUUAAUGUUACAAAUCUACAAACUACAACAAGACAAAAAAGCGCUCAGCGAUGACCUGGACAAACUUCAAGCAGAGAAGAAUGUGGCAGCGGAGCGGUGUCGACAAAUUGAGGAGGAGUCAAGCUCGCUCAAGUCACAGAUGGAGGAGUCCAAAUGGCAAACUCACCAGAAGUCAGGGGAAAUAGUACAUGUGAAACAGCAGUUAAAGGACGCUAAAGAGGACUUGAAUCACAAGUCCAGUGAGGUGCUGACUCUGAAGUCACAGAUACGUGAGUGUGAGGAGGAGCUAGAACAGGCUCAGACCGAACUCCUAACCAAGGACCGCGAGAUCAGCACCAAAGAUGAGGAACUCCGGAGACUCCGCAGUGAAUACAACAGUUUGUUGCAGGACUCUCAUAGAGAACGAAGGGAUUCCAAAAGUACAGAGGUGCCAGUGAAAGAAAGGACUCCAGAAAAACUGUGUGUAAUGGCAACCUGUACCUCCCCGUCAGUUAGUGCGAGAAAAACUGACAAAAGUCCCAGCCCAAGUGCAAUGGACACGAGCAGCACAGGCUCAAACACUGAAAUAAUCCUUCAAGAAUUUGAUAAGGCCAAGGCCGAGUUUGAGAACUAUAAGGCUGAGUUUGAGAAGGAGCGAGAACAGUGGUUGGAAGAGAAAAACAAAGUGAUACGUUACCAGAAACAGCUUCAAUUGAACUAUGUCCAAAUGUUUCGUAAAAAUCGUAUGCUCGAGGCUGAAGUGGAGCAGUUAUCUCUGGAACUAGAAAACAGGGAUAUGAAGUUGUUGGCAAUGAAUGGUGAAGAAUCCGUAUGUUGAAAUGCCUUUUCGAGUUUUCGAUAGUUAGUGAUGCCAUUACCUUGGAAACACACUUGGUUAAUCAGCACAGUCAGCUUGUAGUGAUAUUUGUUUUGUUUUUUUCUUUUGGUUUUAUUUUAUAAUACAGUCCUUGUGUAUUCCAUCUAGUGUAUGAAAGAGUUAAAUGACUCUGUGAAUUAUGUGCCAAAUUGUCAGACGAACAGAGUUAGGCAUACGCAGAUGAUGCAUAGGAUUUUAUUUACUGUUAUUUUGUGUCACAACUUCAUUCAUUUCACAAUGGCAUAGAUUUGCUGCUUGAACGUUGUGUGUGUGAAGCUUUCCAAGUAACAAGGUUUAUAAAUCCAGGUGGAAAGAUAGUUGAAAGUUCAGCGUAUGUGUGCGUAAUAGUGCCGUGAAUGUUAUAUUAACCCAGAUAGUGUACCUGUAUCAUGAGUAUUGUGGCUGUUUUAUUGUCCUGUUGACAAGGCUUCAAAUGAGGCUUAUCCACCUGUGUCUUCAGAGAAGGAGGUACAGGACAGGUAUGCACAGGUACGCUGACUCACUUGUUUUGCCCUUGAGCUAUUGCCGCACAGGAAGUCUGACUUAUUUCGUAGCUGACUGAGUGGGUCGUGUGGCUGCAUUUAAAACAGAGACGAACUCUUUAAUAAUCAGUGGAUGUAUUAACUGUGUGGCCUGGGGCAUCCCACAUCCCUCAGAUGUCACAUGACUAUCCAUGAUUACUGUACCACCAGACUAUGAAUGUGGACGUGUCAGCACAUGUCUUUGUACAAAUGUUUUUAAAACCAUCCAACAUCUUAUCCUUAUUGUGUAUAUCCAUAUAAUAUACUUAAUAGACAUGACUGGAAAUUGAUCUGGAGCUACGUACAUAUGUGUAGUUGUUUUUAUAUAUUAACACUUUUUAUGAAAAUUAAACUGCCAGAAAUAACUUCAAAGGGCCUUAUCAUGUGACAAAACUUAUCUCCCCAUCUCAUCCUAUAUAUAAAUGUGUCCACAAGUACUCAUUUUAAAUGAAAUGGUAGAAUUAAGAUCAGGGCAUCAUUUUAAGCAUAAGGCUGAUGGGUUAACAUUUAUUUCUAGAGUAUGAUAGUACUUUCUGACCUACUUCAUUUGUUCUCAAAAUGCUGGAAGAGGAGAAGAAAAUUUUUCUCAGCAUGUUACGAUGGAAAUAGCCCACACAGAAUUGGUCAAGUCUAAAUGUUUAUUCCAAGAUAAAAGUAUAAAAGGCUUCAGAUGUGCCCUCCAAAUAUAAGAAAAGGAAGUACAGUGAGAUUUGUUGAUAAGCCUUGGGUAUUCAGAACAAAAUGGUGUGUUUUUUUUUUGGUUUUUUGUUUUUGGGUUUAACUGUAUUAUUUUGGCAUUUCUGAGAACAAAACAAAAAUGCUACAGAACCUUUAUGUUGAUCUUUUGAUUCAAACCCUAUGACAUUCAGAUUGAAUCUGAUGUACAUGUAGAGUCUUACAAUACUAUAGAGAGUUUACAUGAAUUAUAUACCAGAUGUUUCAUUUAUUGAUCGUUUUUGCUGGCCUACAUCCAUAUUGCAGAUGUAUGCUGACCUUCAGAAAGUGCGCUCAGUACAUGCAAGCUUUACAUGCUGAUUUGUCAGGCAAUUCAAAUGAUCAGUCAGUUAUCACCUCACACAGUUGAACUGUAGUCUUCCACCUUUGUCUCAUUUAUUUCACACCUCUAAAAGUGUGUUUUACCUCAAACUGCCAUAUUAAAUACCAUGUUCCAUACUAUGUACAUGGAGAUGUAAUGUGAGUUCAGGAGUUGUAAAUCACAGUGAAGCCAUCGUCUUGCUGGUAGAGUAUUAUGGUGCUUUGGCCUGACCACAUGGUGUCACUUUCCUCAAGUAACUAUCAUCCAAAGUGCUUAGUUUUCCUAUUAUAGUGUUAUAGGGAAAUCAUUUUUAUCUUCUUUUUUUUAAUUUUUGGAAUCAAAAUCAUUGUAUAACUGCAGAUUCUGUGUUUAGCAAUUUAAAGCAGUUUAACAUCAGUAUAAAUGUAAUACGUUUCUUUUACCAUGUACAUGAUGACACUUUUUUUGUUUGUUGGUCUGUGUUGAAUUUUAGAUUAUUCUUUUCUAAAUAUAGUUUACCCUACAGCCCUUUUUUUUUGGUCAGGCAUUAGAAGUUAACUCUUAGUAGGCUUUGAGAAACAAAGCAGGCUCUGUUUAUGUGAUUACAUGUACCAGUAAUAUAAUUAGGUCAUGUGACAUCUUUGAUGUAAAGCAGUGAUGUUGGGAGGGAAAAAGACAUGUUUGAGCAUGUCGGGUUUGGAUAAUCAUGUGAUAAUAUCAAGCAAAUUUUACAUCUGUAGGUUAUCUAAAACGUCAGUUUCUGAAAAUUCAUAUCCCUUUUAUUUCUCUUUAAAUAGCAUUUUCAAAAAAUCAUCUAUUUUUUUAAAACAAGCAUUGGCAUUAAUGAAGCAUUGUGCCUAACGGUUGUACUUACAGUAUAUCAUUUUGGCAAGUUACGUUGAUGGGUAUGUUUUUGUGCUGUGUAUGUCCUGAACAUAUCUGUGUUGGGCAUUGUUAAAACUUCCACUUUGUAUGAAGUGCCGUACCAUAGAGCGUUCAGAUCACAACGUUGUACUGUGUAGAUUGUAUGGAUAUAUGUAAUUGAUAUACACAAACGUCAGCCAUUCUACAAACUAGUAGAAAUGCAAUAUUUGUUGAAAUAAAGUUAUUUGCAAUGAUUAU